AUGUCGAGCAAUUCGGAGCCCAAUAUCAACUGGGAUCCGUACAUUCAGGAUAUCGUCUCUCUUUACAUCAAGCAAAACAAGACCGCCGAGGAAACAAUUCAGUAUUUGCGCGAAAACCAUGGCUUACAAGCCACUCUACGGCAGUUCAAGUACAAAUUCGGCGGGAAAAAGAAGAUUACGGAGAAAGAGUGGACGACCGGGAUCAUCCCAGAAAUUAAGAAACGCGCCCUGGAAAACAAGGAAAGCGAAGUCUAUUUUCAUGGAGACAAGCUUAACCACAAACGACUCAAGAGAGGCAUCGACCGAUACGCAGCUGGGGUGAGCCGAGAUUUUAUUGAUCUCGAUACCUCAACAGAUGGCGGUGAUUCGUGCCUUUUCGACUUUUACGAAGAUGCUCAAAUUCUGUUUGGUACAUCCCCCGCUCCUAUAGAACAUGUACCUAAAAUGCAUGUGCAGGAGUCUAUAGACAAGGCGUUUACACUGACGGCCACCGACGGACUAUCUGACUCGUUUGGACUGGAUACCGUUUUGGGCGCAUCACAGUCCACCCUUUUACUAAACCUGCCCUACUUCGAAUUAAAGCACCCUCUCCUGCAAGGCAGUAAUAGGCUCGGCAUUGAUAAUCACCUUCAUUCCGGCCUUUCUCCUGAUGGCCCGUCAACCAAUGGAUCAUUCGAUAUACCAACAACUACCGGUCAACCUCCAAAUGACCUCCCAUCCAUGCUUGCAAAAGUCAUUGGCUUCCCCUACAAAGGCCAGAUUGCGGAUGCCAUCCCUUCUUUUGUAACUAAGCUCCAGGCUCUGGUACCAGAACGAUACCCUGACGAGCUCAACGCCCAAGUACAAGCGCUGUCCGAUCCCUCCCAAAAGCCAUCCAUUUUUCAACUGUUCGAAGUUGCCGCCUACUUUUCCUCAAAUAAUAUGUUGCGAAAACACCAAGCGGAAACAUUCGUCAAAUGGAUAAUCGAGCACAACCAUGUGAAGCCUCUUAUGCUCUUCUUGCGACUGCGACGGGACAUGCUUACUGUAAAGGCAUUCCUUCACAACCUUGUCGAAGCUGGGGCCCUUGUACAGAACAAAGAAUUUCUAAGGCAGCUCCACGCCAUUGGUGCUAAAUUCGACGAUUUUGUGGCACAGCUUGUGGAGAUAGAGGAUCCAGAGUUCCUGGCCUUCCUUCUGUCCACCCUUGAUCCAGAAUCGCUCAAAGGAGAGCCCGGAGGUUGUCUUCUCCGAUCCACAGUGCGUGCACAAAACAUCGCAGUGGCAGAACUAUUGAUACAAGCCGGGGCCGAAGUCAACGUUAGUCUGCCCAAAGAGGAGCCGACAACUCCUCUUUGGGAAGCAAUUCGCUGCACCAACUUUAAAAUGGUCAAGUGUCUAGUCAGAGCCGGAGCAGACGUGAACCAGUAUUCUUACGCGGCAAAUGCCGACUAUGCACCCACGCCUUUGGCUCUCGCGGUGAGUAAAGAGACUAAAACAAUCGUCCAAUAUCUGCUGGAUCAGAAUGCGGUGAUACGAGGUUCCGUGUGCGGAUCGCCACUUCUUCAGUACGCGGCCGAACAUGUUCCGGAUGUUUACGAACUUCUGCUCAAGAAAUCGGGGACCAUGCCUGCGGUUACUGCUGGUCAGUUAAUAAAAGCCGCGGAGUUAGAUGUUCGAUUCUUGUUGAAAUUUCUAUCCCAAUAUCCUCAAGUCUCCGAAAGAAUGCUCGAGGAAGCCAUGAUAGUGGCAUUAAAGAGGGGCAGAACCCGGGCAGUUGUCAAUUUCCUACAGCACGGGGUCGACCCCAAUGGUUCUCAUAUACCAACAUCUAGAAACCGCCCUUUGACCGUCGCGGUUGCACUGGGUUCUCCGUCACAUAGACUUCAAUAUGUAGAUCUCUUGAUUCACGCCGGAGCAGAUGUCAAUAUCAAUGGCCUUUUGGAUGAAAUUAUUUGGGUUGAGGGUCACACUUCUGUUGUUAGCAAAUUGAUUAAUGCAGGACUUGAUCUUACACAGUAUGGCCCUACUGCAAUUGAGACGGCCGUGUACAGUGGGAAUACGGAUGUAUCAAUCCUCUUAGUUGAUCGGGGCGUGUCUGUUAAUAGUUACGGACACAGAGUCACCCCUUUUCAAGCAGUUGCCCUGCAUCAAAGUCUUGAGCUCCUGCAAUAUUUUUUCAGGAAAGGGGCCGAAGUUAACAAGCCAGCGUUUCCCGUCCGAGGGUAUACAGCCUUACAGGCUGCCGCCACGGCUUAUUCAAUAGAGAAGAUACAAUUUCUCCUCAGCGUAGGCGCUGACAUAAAUGCCCCCCCGGCCGUGACGGGCGGAGUAACGGCCCUUGAAGCAAUGGUCCGGCCCUGGGAACCCUUCUACAAUGACAUCGAGGACGACGACGAGGUGUAUUGUGCGCAACAUUAUAGUGAGAAAAAAGGGCUUGCAAAGACUUUCGUUUUCCUCCUUGGUGAAGGCGCAGCAGUGAAUCGUCCAGACGGCUCAAGUAGCCCAUUGCUACACGAUAUUAUUGAACGGGGGGACACUCAUCUCCUUAAGCUAGCCCUUGAAGCAGGAGCGAAUACAACCCACCAAUGGCCAACGCGAUCCUCAUCAUGGUGCGAGAGAACGCCGCUUCAGCUUGCCGCGGAAAUGGGUCAGGUGGAGGCUUUGAAGCUUCUCCUUGACCACCAGGCAGAUCCGAAUGCCUUACCAGCACAUCGCCAUGGGAUGACAGCUCUCCAAGCCGCAGCAUCGUCGGAAGAGGCUUGCAUGGAGACAGUAGAGUUGCUUGUGACUGCGGGUGCUGCAAUCAACGCAGACCCUGCUGCUCUUGGGGGGAUUACUGCUCUGCAGGGCGCCGCAAUCAAGGGUCAUUUUCAGAUAGCAAUGUUGCUGAUCGAAAAAGGGGCAAAUGUAAAUGCCCCUCCUGCGAUAGCAGACGGACGUACGGCAGUUGAAGGAGCUGCAGAGCAUGGGCGGUUGGAUAUGGUACAGAUGCUGCUCAACGCAGGCGCAAUUGGAGAUGUCAUCAGAAAGACCGGCCUCAUGAAGGCUAUUAGUUUGGCAAGGAAGAAUCGUCAAUUUCAUGUUGUCGAUUUACUCGAGUCUCACAGAAGAGGGAUGAGAGCUACCCUUUGA